AUGAGGGCAGGAAUAAGUAGGUGCAGCGCAGUCAGGGCCGGGAGGUGCAAAGAGCAGUCAGGGCAGGGAGGUGCAGCGCAGUCAGGGCCGGGAGGUGCAAAGAGCAGUCAGGGCCGGGAGGUGCAGCGCAGUCAGAGCCGGGAGGUGCAGCGCAGUCAGGGCCGGGAGGUGCAGCGCAGUCAGAGCCGGGAGGUGCAGCGCAGUCAGGGCAGGGAGGUGCAGCGCAGUCAGGGCAGGGAGGUGCAGCGCAGUCAGGGCCGGGAGGUGCAGCGCAGUCAGAGCCGGGAGGUGCAGCGCAGUCAGGGCAGGGAGGUGCAGCGCAGUCAGGGCAGGGAGGUGCAGCGCAGUCAGGGCCGGGAGGUGCAGCGCAGUCAGGGCCGGGAGGUGCAGCGCAGUCAGGGCAGGGAGGUGCAGCGCAGUCAGGGCAGGGAGGUGCAGCGCAGUCAGGGCCGGGAGGUGCAGCGCAGUCAGGGCAGGGAGGUGCAGCGCAGUCAGGGCAGGGAGGUGCAGCGCAGUCAGGGCAGGGAGGUGCAGCGCAGUCAGGGCCGGGAGGUGCAGCGCAGUCAGGGCCGGGAGGUGCAGCGCAGUCAGGGCAGGGAGGUGCAGCGCAGUCAGGGCCAAAAGUGGGGGCAGCGGAGGAGGGACUUGUCGUACUGGACCCUCUCAAAAGAUGUUUUUUUGCAGGGGGGCCUGAUGCGCCCAAGUUACUCUGUUAAAUAG